AUGUCAGCCGCUGGUACGGAUAUUAAUAAAGCUGCACCUCUUUUCAUUGGAUGCAUCAUCAGUUGGUUUUUGUCGGGCUCGUUGAUGGUGCAGACCUACGAUUACUUUUGCGACGAUCACCUUGAAGGUGAUAUGAUCGGAAUAAAACUUGCAGUGGGGCUAGCCUUCAUUCUUGAUAUGGCGCGAUCGAUGUCAGUGACUUCGGCAGGCUGGGAGCGGCUGGUGAGCGGCUGGGGAGAUCCAACGAGUUUCUCUCGCAUAUCAAUAUUCGCAGCCAUGACUGUCCCGCUAACGGGGCUCGAAUCAUGCGUAGUCCAAACGUUUUUCGCUUGGCGAAUAUGGAAUCUGAGGAGAGGUUCAAAAGUUGGUCGUUUCGUUCCGUGUAUCAUCUCAUCGGUGCGGGGUCUCCAUGGUUUCUUGUUCUUUGUACUCAGAGUUUGUGUACAGGUGGCGUUGGUACAGUUUGCAGCAGCGGUCGUUCACGGGAUAUGUUGUUAUCAAUCCGACAAUUUCAACAUAGGAAAAGAGUGGCUCAAACUUUCAACGGAGAUCUGGCUCUCAGGUAGCUUCCUCUGUGACUGCAUCAUUGUGAUGACCAUGAUAAUCCUGCUCGUACAGGCAAAGCUUGAAUCUUCAUUCGUAUUGACUCGACGUCUCAUUGACCGUCUCAUAAUUGUUACUCUGGAGACUGGCGCUAUCACUGUCGUCGUGAUUCUCGUUCAGCUCGGUAUAUAUAUAAAAUAUCCAGAAGAUGCACUCCAACAUGUUGCGGUGAUGUACAUUCUUGGGGGCUUGUACGCUAACGUACUCCUCGCUGUUCUAAAUGGCCGGAAGCGAGCUCGCCGGCUGGUGGCGCUCACGCAUCAUUCUCUCAGCCUCCACUUUGCUGAACACAUUCCCUCCCGUUUUUCCUCCGCUACGUUACAAGAAGCCUUGAUGAGUGAUACAAUUAUGCGAAGUAGUCAAGUAAGUGUGUAA